CACGACUCCAAACAGCAACAAAGUGAGCUGUCUUCUCCUCCUUUCUGCUGCUGCGGGCAGACAUGGACGUCCGGAUUGUCCUUGUCAGAUGAGGCAGAUCAUCUCAGCUGGCUGGAAGAGAAGCAGGAGACUUGGAGGAGGAGAAACAUAAUCGAGGGAAGUGUGUGUUUGCUGGGGAGAGAGGGGGGCAGCUCCUCCCAUAACUAAGUUGGUGUGCUGUGCAGGAGGUCCAUGUUUAUGACACAGCCGGGGGAGUUUCCUUCACUCGCCGGACAGCUCUAAGAGCAGAGAAGAAAUCCGCCGCUCUCCUCCGUCUCUGCCUAUUUCUGCAACUCAUCCCCCCCCCUGAGCUGCGACUGACUGCUCUGCCACAGGACGAGGUGGGGGCAGCACCUGCCUAACUCUCAUCCUCCAGCCUGCCCGACACAGGACUUCAUCUGCAGCUGCUGUCGCCAUUCCAGCUGCCAUCAUGUGCGACUGCUUCCACCUGGCGUUUCCCAACUGGCACGCUGCCUCCUCAGGAGCUGGGAGGAGGCUGCGAGGACCAGAAGCUGCAGCGCGCGACGACUCAGUAAGUGAGGAGUCAUCCCAGCUUGUGGAGGAGGAGAGGCCCCGCCCACAAGGAUCCUCCCCUGUGGAGGAGUUUCCUGAAGCGGCCAAAUACAUUGACACAGAGACUGAAGCGGAACGGGACCUCCACCACAAAAGUGGACACAAAACCAAAAGGACGGGACUUGGGUCAAUGUUUGAGAGGCGGACGACCCCGAAGAUGAGUAAACUGAAGGAAGUUCCCAGCCCGGAGGGGGGCGUGAUUGUGAGAACACCCAAGGGUGGAUGUGCUGAGGGACUCGUUUACAGCGGCGGGGGCAAAGAGGGGAUCUUCAUUAAAGAAGUGGUGCCAGAGUCACCUGCAUCAAAGAGUUUGACAGUCAAAGAAGGUGAUCAGAUUCUAAGCGCCACUGUGUAUUUUGAUAACGUGCCAUACGAAGACGCCAUCCAGAUCCUGGAGCACGCUCAAGCUUACAAAGUCAAGCUUUGCCUGAAGCGCAAACCAGACAUCACAGAGAUGGAGCCAGGCAUCGAGUCGGACGUCAUCCCUGAAGAAGAGAUCUCUUCUGCUGACAUGCGGGAGCAGGGAAAAACAAAAAGACGUGGGGAUGCUCGUAUUUCGUGGCCAAAGUUUCCUUCCUUUGGAAAAGGGCGAAAGUCUCGUUUUACAAGGUCUCACAGUUCUUCAGAAGCUGAUGAGCAGAGAAAGCUUGAGCUGAGUCCAACAACAAGUGACACAGAGUCACCAAUAAAAUCCCAAGAUGCUCUUAAAGGAAAAAAGAAGCAUAAAAUUAAGCUCUCUGGUCUGAAAAAGAGAGGCCGGAUAAGCUCAUCUGAAGACACAGAAGCUCCAACAACUGCCCCCAUCAGUGGAGACGCUCAGCAAGCACAGGAAUCAGACAUGCUUUCACCAGAGUCCCUUGAAGGCAUUGAAGCAGAAACAGCAGAAGGUCAAAAGACAGAGGACUUGAAAAUGGACGAAGAUACAGAACAAAAAAUCCAGAGGGAUCCAAGUCUUCCUCAAACGGUGGAGCUCAUCAGCUUAGAAAGCACUCUGAAGACAGGAGACCCCACUGUUCCUCUGGCCGACCACAAAAGCCCGACUGAAGCUAAGCCUGCUGACGGGAAGAAAAAGAAGAAAGACAGGCUGGAGUUAAAGAUGAAGAUUUUGGGGAAGGACAGAUCCCACAAAAAAGAUGCCAAAGCAGUUUCUUCACCAAAAAGGCUAAAAACGCUUGGAGCAAGUCUGGAAAAGGAUCAUCAACCUGAACCGGAAGAUUCACAACAACCAAAUGUUGAAAAACACACAACUGAGGAAACAAAGAUCAUAGAAGAUCCCUAUGAGAAACUUUCAAAAAGCGCUGGUUCUACUGCAGAACUUCCCAAGCGAGAGGACAUUAUGAUACCAGGCAUGGAGGACAUGUCCAUGAGCACAGCCACAGGGGGGGCAGAACCCGUCAGAGAUGACAACGAGGAAAAUCACUCUGAAGCCGUCCAACUGUCAAUUGAUGUUAAGAGCGUGAAAGAGGCUGUUUCGAAGUUGCCUGGGUUUAAGCUGCCUCAAGUUGACAUGUCUGGAGUUCCGAUUCCUGAAGAAAUCACUGUGAUUGAUGCAAAUGCACAGAGGAUCUCUGUAAAAACGCCCACCAAAGUGACAGAAACCAAAGCAAAGCAGGAGGCACAGCAGACCACAUCUGACCUGAAGGAAUCCUCCAUUCCUUCAGUGAAAGAAACAACUGAUUUACCCCCUGAGGGGCUUUUAGGAGACACCACAGGAGAAGACACAGAACCUCAGAAUCAAACCAAAAGUCAGCCAAAAGAAGACGACUCAACCCAGACCAUUAAAAGAGAACAGAUCACAAUAUCAUGGGUGGACACUCCACAAAAGCUUUCUAUUCUUCAUACAGAUGGAACUGAAAAAGCAAGUGGCACAACUGAUGUUAAAACAGAAAAUGACUCAGCAAAAGAGUCUAACCAAAUAAGAGACAGCACAACAACGAUGACACACAGCUUUAGGACAGAAGCACCUGACUUUAGGUCUAGUUUGACAAGCCAACAGUCGUCAGCCAGAACAGACUUCAGCGAUAUCAAAACAUCUGAAGGGAGUGGCAUCAAAGCGUCUUCCUGGGUAGAUGAGUCCACAGCCAAAAAGGACAGCAGCUGCCAGCUUUUUGUUGAGGAAAAAGUUUCGGUUGAAGAUGAAGACAUGAGUGUUGAUGGAAUAGAGAAAAAAACUUUUCUGAGAGAUGGAAAAGGUGGAAGAUUUAAACUGCCACACCUCGACAUCUCCCUUCCAAAGGUCAAAGGACCAAAAUCGGAUGUUGGAACAUCAAAGAAAGAUGUCACCAUCACACAAGCUAAAGCAGAAAUCCCAGAAGCCUUUGAGGCAGAUGUUACCACCAGUGGAACAGACAUUUACAUUCCAGAACAGAAGAUGGAAAUAACAACGGAGAUGGGAGCCUGUGAGACCCAAACUGAACCUGGAGGGAAUGAAAGCAGAUUCAAAAUGCCAAAGUUAGGGAUCAAAAUACCAAAAAUGAAGGGCUCUGACACCGACGUAAAACCGUCAAAGAAAGAUGCUGAUGCGGGUGUCAAAGUGACAAGUUUGAAAGACGAGGUCCGACUUCCAGAGGCCGAUGUUGUUCUUGAGGGGAAUGAUACGUUCCUGUCAGAGCAAACAGUCGACUCAGAAACACCUGAGAAACAAGUAAAACCUCCGGAAACUAAAGAUGAAUCCAAAGGCAAAUCAAAAAAGCCAAUGUUUGGAAUCAAACUGACUAAAAUGAAAGGCCCUGACAUUGAUUUCAGUUUGACUAAGAAAUCCACAGAAACAGCACAGGAGACAGGUGAGGCCCAAAUCCCAGCAGCGUCUGAAACAUCUGAAACCAAAGGUACAGAGAAAAGAACAGAGACAGACAGAGCCGAGGUGGAACUCCAACCUCCAGAGACUGAUGGGGAACUCGGUGUUCAAGCAGGAAAAUUCAAAAUGCCAAAACUUGGAAUCAAAAUGCCAAAAGUAAAAGGGCCAGAACUUGACUUAAGUUUGCAAAAGAAGGAUAUCGAUGUCACACAACCUGAAGUAGAGGUUAAACUAGCAGAAGUUUCUGGGACUGAUGCUCCAGCAGAUGUUUCUAUGCCGGACAAAAAAACAGAAGAACCCGAGAUCAAAGCCAAGCAGUCUGACAAAGAACAUGACAGACACAGCUCCAAGUUCAAAAUGCCCAGGCUGGUUAUUGCAGUGCCCAAAGUAACAGAAUCCGGCUUAUCCAGAAAAGAUGAGGAUGUGAAAGCUUCUGACAGUAAACUACAGGCCUCUGCUGAGGAGGAGGCUGGAGCCCCUAAGGUCACAGAGAAGCAGGCAGAAGGAUCAAAACUAAAAAUGCCAACUUUUCAAAUGCCCAAAUUCACAAGUGGGAGCUCUGACGCGUCUUUUAAGAGCAAAGACUCUGAAAUUCCUGAUGCAGAGCUGAAGUCGUCUGAGAAGAGCGUUGUGGUUUGUAGUGAAACAAAAGAAGGUUCAUCCCCCCUGGUGAAAACAAAAGCUGCUGGAGGUGAUGAACUAUCAAGCAAGUUCAAAAUGCCAACAUUUGACAUUUCAUUUCCAAAACUUAAAGGACCUGAAGUUGAUUUGAGCUCACAGAGAAAGGAUAAGAAGGCUGAUUUGCCUGAAGCUGGUUCUGACUCUGCUGACAUUCCCAUCAUGCGAGACAGAGAAGCUCUUGAUACCACACUUCACCGAGAUGCUGCAGACUCACCACCAACGCUCAGGACAACGCUGGAAACACCAAAGCCUCAGCUGGAUCAGUCAGGCAUCUCUCUUGACAAAGAGAUGAGGAAUGUUGGAGCUGAUGUUCUGGGAGAGGUGUCUGCAACGUGCAGUGAGGCAUCUUCAGUUAAAACAACCUCUGAACCUGAACAGGAUGGGAAGGAAACCAAGUUCAAAAUGCCAUAUCUGAGCUUUUCCAUGCCGAAGAUCAAAGGGUCCAAAUCUGAGACAACCCAGUCAAAAAGAAGAGCAGAUGUCACAGGACCUGAGGACAAGAGAGACGUCCCAGAGCCAGAGGUCGAACGGCAAAAAGGAGAAGCUGCAGCUGCAGAGGUGGAUUCUGAUUGGAAAACACCUGAACCACCCGUUCUGGACACUGAGGGUCAACUCGAAAAGGAAAAAACAAGAAAGUUUGGACUUAAAAUGCCUAAGUUAAAAGUACCAGAACUUCAACUUGGUCCAUCAAAGACAGAAUCAACAGUUGCAGGAGAAUCCAGAGAGGACACUGCUCUCCAUGAUCCAAAGACAGACACCGAUCUGCCAAGCAACGAAACCAAACUAGCACUUCCAGAAGUCUCCAAAACUGAUGUCAGUCUGGGAAAAGCAGAAAUAUUGAUGCCUGAAGGAAGAGUAGAAAUGGAAAAGGUUGAGGUGAAAGUGAAAACCCAACAAGCUCAUCAUGAACUUACAGGACAAGGAAGCAGAUUCAAAAUUCCAAAGCUUGGAAUCACAAUGCCAAAGGUAAAAGAACCUGAAGCAGAUUCUAGCAUUUCAAAGGAUGUAGAUGUGACUCUUGAAGUAGCUAAGACUGAAAACAAGUUGCCCGAUACAGAACCCAAAGAACCUUCUAUCCAUGUGGGCAUGAAGCCACCUGAAACUCAAUCAAGUGAUGUGAAGCAAUCCCCAUCAAAAUUUAAAAUGCCAUCAUUCAAAUUACCCAGGAUUGGCGUCACCUCACAAAAUAUCAGCACCGAAAUACCCGAUUCUGAAAAUGUGGAUGAAGUGAACAUGUCACGGUCUGAUCCUGAUGUUCCAGCUACAGGAGAGCUCCACCUGACCGAGGAGGAAGUUGAAGAGCAAAUAGAUGGGGAGGCAGGAGUAAAACACAAAAAAACAAAGUUUUCAAUGCCUAAAUUUUCCUUCUCAAAACCAAGUGUAAAGCCCUCAGACGGUCUAAGCCUUAGCAUUGAAGAAGAUGAAACUCCAGAGGGUAGGGCGGAAGUGAAGGAGUCAAGCUUAUCCAAAACAAAUGUAGAUAUUACACUACCUGAAGCUGAAGUCAAACUCCUGGACAAUGAGCUGAAAACAAUACUUGCAGAAGUGGACACUAGAACUCCAGAGAUCACAGUUGAAGCAAAAGUUACAGAAGAAUCAUCAUCAAGUAAGAUGCCAAUAUUAAAAUUACCCAAAUUUGGAAGUUUAAAUUUGACUUCAGAUAAACCUACUGAGGAGAUAGAAAUUAAAAUACAAGAACCUGAAAUUAAGGUUCCUAAAGAGGUUCUUUCAAUUACCAUGGAAGCUCCCAGCGCUGAAGCUCCUUCAUUUGAUACAAAAAGAACUGAAAGUGAACAAGAUGGAAAAGGAGGCAAGUUUAAGAUGCCAAGUCUUGGAUUCUCUGCACCCAAAGGUAAAGGACCUGAAGUUGAUGUGAGUCUAACAAAACCAGAGAUAGAUGUGACACUUGAAGGGGUCAAAGAAGAGGUCAAAGCUCCUGGAUUUCAAAUCCAAACUAAGGACAAAGAAGGAUCACCUUCCAGAUUUAAGAUGCCAACAUUUAAAUUACCCAAAUUUGGACUUGGAAGUGCAGCUGUAGAUGUACCUGCUGAUGCUAAAAUACAAGGACCUGAUGCCAACAUGGAGGAGGUUCUUUCAGUUACAGUUGAAGCUCCUUCAUUAGAGAUACAAACUACUGAAAGUGAACAAGAUGGAAAAGGAAGCAAGUUUAAGAUGCCAAGUCUUGGAUUCUCUGGAACCAAAGGUAAAGGACCUGAAGUUGAUGUGAGUCUAACAAAACCAGAGAUAGAUGUUUCACUGCGGGACACCAAACUUGAGGUAAAAGUCUCUGAUACUGAAGUGGAACAAUCUUCUAUUGAUGUGAAAACUUCAUCUCCUGAAAUCAAACUCGUAGAAAAGGAAACAAAAGGGUCACCUUCCAGAUUUAAGAUGCCAACAUUUAAAUUACCCAAAUUUGGAGUUGGGAGUGCAGCUGUAGAUGUACCUGCUGAUGCUAAAAUAGCAGGACCCGAUGCCAACAUGGAGGAGGUUCUUUCAGUUACUAUUGAAGCUCCCAGCACUGAAGCUCCUUCAUUAGAGAUAAAAACUAUUGAAACAGAAAAAGAUGGUAAAGGAGGCAAGUUUAAGAUGCCAAGUCUUGGAUUCUCUGCACCCAAAGGUAAAGGACCUGAAGUUGAUGUGAGUCUAACAAAACCAGAGAUAGAUGUGACUCUUGAAGGGGUCAAAGAAGAGGUCAAAGCUCCUGAAAUUCAAAUCAAAACAAAGGACAAAGAAGGAUCGCCUUCCAGAUUUAAGAUGCCAACAUUUAAACUUCCCAAAUUUGGACUUGGGAGUGCAGCUGUAGAUGUACCUGCUGUAGACAAAGAUGGUAAAAUUGAAGAACCUGAUAUUGAGGUUCCUGAGGAGGUUCUGUCAGUCACAGUUGAAGCUCCUUCAUUAGAUAUAAAAACUGCUGAGAGUGAACAAGAUGGAAAGGGAAGCAAGUUUAAGAUGCCAAGUCUUGGAUUCUCUGGAACCAAAGUUAAAGGACCUGAAGUUGAUGUGAGUCUAACAAAACCAGAAGUAGAUGUUCCACAGAAGAAGGCCCAUGCAGAGGUCAAGCUCCCUGAUACAAAACUUGAAAAACCAACCCUUGAAGUUGACAUAAAAGAUCUGGAAAUCAGCGGUGCAACAAAGAAAAAAGAAGAAUCAACAUCUACAUUUAAGAUGCCAACAUUUAAACUACCUAGUUUUGGAGUACGAGGUGCCGCUGUAGAUGUACCUGCUGUAGAAAAAGAUGUUCAACUUCAACAACCUGACAUUAAGAUUCCUGAAGAGGUUCUUUCAGUUACUAUUAAAGCUCCUAGCACUGAAGCUUCUGUAGAUAUAAAAACUGCAGAAAGUGAACAAGAUGGAAAGGGAAGCAAGUUUAAGAUGCCAAGUCUUGGAUUCUCUGCACCCAAAGUUAAAGGACCUGGAGUUGAUGUGAGUCUAACAAAACCAGAGAUGGAUGUUUCAAUGCAGGAGACCAAACUUGAGGUAAAAGUCUCUGAUACUGAAGUGGAAAAACUUUCUAUUGAUGUGAAAACUUCAUCUCCUGAGAUCAAACUCGUAGAAAAGGAAACAAAAGGAUCACCUUCCAGAUUUAAGAUGCCAACAUUUAAAUUACCCAAAUUUGGAGUUGGAAGUGCAGCUGUAGAUGUACCUGCUGUAGACAAAGAUGGUAAAAUCGAAGAACCUGAUAUUGAGGUUCCUGAGGAGGUUCUGUCAGUCACAGUUGAAGCUCCUUCAUUACAUCUAAAAACUGCUGAGAGUGAACAAGAUGGAAAGGGAAGCAAGUUUAAGAUGCCAAGUCUUGGAUUCUCUGCACCCAAAGGUAAAGGACCUGAAGUUGAUGUGAGUCUAACAAAACCAGAGAUGGAUGUUUCAAUGCAGGAGACCAAACUUGAGGUAAAAGUCUCUGAUACUGAAGUGGAAAAACUUUCUAUUGAUGUGAAAACUUCAUCUCCUGAGAUCAAACUCGUAGAAAAGGAAACAAAAGGAUCACCUUCCAGAUUUAAGAUGCCAACAUUUAAAUUACCCAAAUUUGGAGUUGGAAGUGCAGCUGUAGAUGUACCUGCAGUAGAUAGGGACAUCAAAAUAGAAGAACCUGACAUUAAGGUUCCUGAGGAGGUUCUGUCAGUCACAGUUGAAGCUCCUUCAUUAGAUAUAAAAACUGCUGAAAGUGAACAAGAUGGAAAAGGAAGCAAGUUUAAGAUGCCAAGUCUUGAAUUCUCUGGACCCAAAGGUAAAGGACCUGAAGUUGAUGUGAGUCUAACAAAACCAGAGAUGGAUGUUUCACUGCGGGACACCAAACUUGAGGUAAAAGUCUCUGAUACUGAAGUGGAACAAUCUUCUAUUGAUGUGAAAACUUCAUCUCCUGAAAUCAAACUCGUAGAAAAGGAAACAAAAGGGUCACCUUCCAGAUUUAAGAUGCCAACAUUUAAAUUACCCAAAUUUGGAGUUGGGAGUGCAGCUGUAGAUGUACCUGCUGAUGCUAAAAUAGCAGGACCCGAUGCCAACAUGGAGGAGGUUCUUUCAGUUACAGUUGAAGCUCCUUCAUCAGAGAUACAAACUACUGAAAGUGAACAAGAUGGAAAAGGAGGCAAGUUUAAGAUGCCAAGUCUUGGAUUCUCUGCUCACAAAGUUAAAGGACCUGAAGUUGAUGUGAGUCUAACAAAACCAGGGAUAGAUGUGACACUUGAAGGGGUCAAAGAAGAGGUCAAAUUCCCUGAUUCUGAUUCAAAAAAAGUCUCAAUUGAAAUUGGCACUAAAGCUCCUGGAAUUCAAAUCGAAACUAAGGACACAAAAGGGUCACCUUCCAGAUUUAAGAUGCCAACAUUUAAAUUACCCAAAUUUGGAGUUGGGAGUGCAGCUGUAGAUGUACCUGCUGAUGCUAAAACAGCAGGACCCGAUGCCAACAUGGAGGAGGUUCUUUCAGUUACUAUUGAAGCUCCUUCAUUAGAGAUAAAAACUAUCGAAACAGAAAAAGAUGGUAAAGGGGGCAAGUUUAAGAUGCCAAGUCUUGGAUUCUCUGCACCCAAAGGUAAAGGACCUGAAGUUGAUGUGAGUCUAACAAAACCAGAGAUAGAUGUGACUCUUGAAGGGGUCAAAGAAGAGGUCAAAGCUCCUGAAAUUCAAAUCGAAACAAAGGACAAAGAAGGAUCGCCUUCCAGAUUUAAGAUGCCAACAUUUAAACUUCCCAAAUUUGGACUUGGGAGUGGAGCUGUAGAUGUACCUGUUGUAGACAAAGAUGGUAAAUUAGAAGAACCUGAUAUUGAGGUUCCUGAGGAGGUUCUGUCAGUUACAGUUGAAGCUCCUUCAUUAGAUAUAAAAACUGCUGAAAGUGAACAAGAUGGAAAAGGAAGCAAGUUUAAGAUGCCAAGUCUUGGAUUAUCUGGAACCAAAGGUAAAGGACCUGAAGUUGAUGUGAGUCUAACGAAACCCAAAGUAGGUGACAUCCAACCCGUUGACACUAAACUAGAAGUGUCUUUAAGUGAGGGUGAUACUAAAGCUUUAGAUAUUAAAAUAAGUGAAAAAGACUCAGAAGGAUCACCAUCCAAAUUUAAAAUGCCAUCAUUCAGUUUACCAAAAUUUGGAAGUACUCCACCAGCUCUUGGGAAAGCACCAGAUUUGGAUAAGGAGGUGAAAUUGGAUGUAUCAGGGUCAAACGCUGACGUUAAGCCUCCUGAUGUUGAAACCAAAGAUCUCUCAGGCUCUGAUGUACUGGAGACAAAAGGAGAUGUUAAGGAAAGAAAAGCAAGCUGGACGCUGCCAAGAUUUUCAUUUUCAAAGACAAGCACUAAAGCACCUGAGGCUGACAUGGAUGUUCAAGUUGGUCUUUCAACAGUAGAUACCCAAACACAGAAGCAAGUUCCUGAAGCUAUCAUCAGUACCUCAGUAGUUGAGGGACCUGGUGCAGAUCUUGAUGUAAAAGUAAAAAAGACACGGUUUUCAUUACCUAAACUCUCAUUUUCUAAGCAGAUGUCAAAAGAAUCUGGGGAAGAUGUCAGCCUUCAGACUGGAGAAGGUAAACAACCUGAUAUAGAGGUUGGGUCAUCAGACAGCAAAACUGAGGGCUACAGCACUGACAGCAAGCUAAGAAAGCCAACGUUUGGGAUCACAAUGCCAAAAGUAAAAGAUGUGAACAUCUCACAGAAAGAUGUAAAUAUCAAGGUUGAAGUUCCAGAUGUGGAUGUUAAGAUGAUACAACCUCAUGCUACAGUGGAAGUGAAAGCCCCAGAGAUCAAAGCUCCAGCUGACAGGAACAAGGAGACUAUGGACCAGGAGAUCUUGUCUGUGGAUGUGAAGGGCAGUAGACCAAAGACAGAUGUAGGAGUUAUGUUACCAGAGUUCAAAGCUGAAGUAGAAUCUCCUCAUACUGAAGUCAAAGAACACAUUGAUUCCUCAGCAGAUGUUCCCACCACUGAGGUUGACCCUAAGUUGAAACGACCAAAUUGGGCAUUUCCAAAGAUUUCAUUUUCAAGAACAGUGGAGAAGGCUGAUGCUCACACCAACCGGGAAACAUCAAAAGUUACAACAACAGAAUCCACAGAAGUCUGCCAGUCAGAGGCGGCUGUCAAAGGACCACACGGGCCUUCUGCAGCAGAAGAGUCCUCUGCUGUGGGACCUGAUAUGACCUUUAAAAAAUCUAAGUUAUCCUUGCCUAAGAUUUCUCUCUCAAAGUCAAGCUCUAAAGAAGCCCAAGUGAUGAUUCAGUCUCCACAUGAUGUGUUAGGUCCAAAUGUGGGAGCUGAUUUUGAAGGGCCCCAAACAGCCCUUCAAGUUUCAGAGCUUGAAGCAGCAGAUAAAAGGAGCCCACUGAAACCUGAAAUGUUUGGCAUCGCCCAACCAAAACCGGAAGGUUCUGAAAUUAACAUGAACCUAGAUAACAGUGAUGCAAAAGAAGUUGAAUUGUCACAAGAGAAAGUCAAAGAUCACUCUGUUGGAGCAGACACGGUGGAAGACAAGCCAAAAGAUGCUCGAGGAUCACCUCUAAAAUUCAAGAUGCCAGCACUGAAACUGCCCAAGUUUGGCAGCGGAUCUCAUCAUGCCACCAGCGAUGCAGAGAGGGCAGAGAAAGUCACAAGAACUGAUAUAACUAAACUGAAAGAAGAUGAUGGUGUCCCAGUCAAACCUGCCAGCGCUGAUGCGACAGAUGACCCAAAGGCAGCAGGGUCAGAUGCUGACGCGCCAAGGUCUGGCACUGAUGCCCCGAGUCAUGGAUCUCCGAGUAAAUUUAAACUGCCGUCCUUUAAAAUGCCAAAGCUGAGCCUCUCCCGGCCUAAACCAGAGGAAGAGCAUGGGCCUGUUGAUGAUAGGCUUGAGGAUCAGCUGGAGGUGAAGGUUGAGGAUAAAGGCGAGAGCCAAACAUCAAAAGUAACUUUAACAUCUUUCGGUGAACUCUUCAAGACCACUGAUGUUGAAUUUGAUGUUUUAAACAAAGCUGAGAAGAGCCUUGAAACUUCCAGAGAAAUUCCUGAAACGGAAAAAGCUUCUAUUAAACCUUCAGAGGGGAAAGAAAAUGAAACAAAGUCCAAGCCAGACACUCCCCAAAGCCCUGAGAAGGCUGGCUGGUUUAAGCUUCCCAAAAUUGGGCUGUCCCUGCAGUCAGAACCGCCAGGGGUUUCUGAGCGAGAUCAGAAGGGUGACAGGACUCCACCAAGAGAGACUGGGGAGGAUGAAACAAGCCCUACCAGUUCCCUUCAUUCAUCCGACGCCUUUGCUGAUGUAAGCUCUACAUUCACAAGUGAGCAUGUGGGUGCGUCCGUCUCUUCCCCUACCAAGGUGACAGUUAAAUAUUUUGACCACACUGUCUCUGUCGGGCCUGAAGAGAGAACUGGGGACAUUUUUACUUCUACCACAAAGACUGAGCUGAUCUCAGAUGUGCCAGAUUUGCCUGAGAAAGUCACCAUUCCAUCCUCUGGAGUUACAUCUUCAUCUGAAGACACACUCAGACUGGAUCCUGGAAAAAUCCACGCCAUUACAUCCAACAUACAAGCAACUCCAGAAGCACAGCAUGCCAAGCUCCUGACAGCAGUCCAGAUGCAACCAGCCGAAGAUGACCCUGUGAAAUGUGACACCGCCGUUUCGUGGGACACAGAAGAUCCUCUAAGUGGCAGGAGAACAGUGUUUGAGAGCUCUGAGGUCUGGGAAGCUUCAGGCGAAAGGAGCCAGACCACAGAAACUGUGGUUAUCACAAAGCAAGUUACAAGUAUCUUUGACACGACUGAGCCCAUCUCAGGCGAGACGGCCUCUUCCAUCCAAAGACUCAAACACACCAUGCACUUGGAGAAAAUGAGGUUUUUUGACGAGGGCGAGAAGUAAACGAAGACUGGCCCUCCUGGAAGAAACUCAGCUUGCCAAGUGGAGCUGCUGACUGUACAACCACAGAAACACAACUGGAAGAAGCUCCUGACUGGCAGAAGCAGUCCAGGAUCUGACAUGAUGUCUGCUGGCAUGUGUGUUCGAGAAGGUUAAGUCAGCAGCUGCUGGAGUCCACUGUGGGAUCCUGUUAACACGAUUUGUAAAUGACCACACCUCCCCACAAAGGCUCAGAAUUUAUGCUUAAAAACCCCAAUGAUUUCUGCUAAAUUUUACAUUUCACUUUGAAAUUUGACUGUUUGCAAACAAACUACUGACAUUCCAAAGGAUGUUUACUUCCCCUAAAGCCAUAGAGCAGAGUAACAAGUGUAGCAGAAUAUUUCAGAAGCGUAUCGUGCUAAUGUCCAUCUUCUUGACCGCUUCUUCCCUUUCGGGGUCGCGGGGUGCCGGAGCCUAUCCCGGCCACUGAUGGGCGAAGGCGGGGUACACCCUGGACAGGUCGCCAGUCCAUCGCAGGGCCACAA